ACGUGCAAAGAUGGCGGACGGAGGUGAUGAAGAAAUGGAGUUAUACGACAACAGUGAUGAUGAUUUUGAAAGUGAGGAAUCAGGGUUAAUAAUGGGGCAAAUGGACCAAGGAAUCAAACAAGAAACACAAAUCGGUAAAGGUAAAAAUCCAAGGACUAUGGAUACCACUGACGUCAGUAAUGAACCCCAAGAAACUACAGGCAAAAAGAAAAAGAAGAAGAAAAAGAAAAAGAAGUCAAAAGAAGGAGAAGGGAGUUUUGAGGAGGAAAACAAAGAGGUUGAGGAAAAUAAAGAGAUAUUUUUGCCAGGAGAUAAAAUGGAAGAGGGUGAUGAACUAACAUAUGACAGCAGUGCUUACAAAAUGUAUCAUGCAGCACAAACAGGGUCACCUUGUCUGAGCUUUGAUGUCAUUCCAGAUGGCCUUGGUGAAUCAAGAACAGAGUUUCCAAUGACGGCAUAUAUGGUUGCUGGUACUCAAGCAGCAUUUGGUCAGCAAAAUCACAUUAUAGUCAUGAAGAUGUCAGAUUUAUAUGAGACAGAACAUGAAGAUACAGCUGACUCAGAUGACGAUGAAUAUCUUGAUGAAGAACCAGAUAUGGAAACAAGCAUGAUAAAACAUGACGGAGGAGUUAAUAGAAUACGAUUUUCUCAUAUUCCCAAUCGGCAUAUAGUGGCAACAUGGUCAGAUAAAAGUAAAGUCCACAUAUGGGAUGUCUCUGCACAAGUUAUCACUGUAGACAAUCCAUCAUCACCAACACAGAUCAAGGAAGUUUCUCCCUUGUUUACAUUCACUGGACAUCUUAGUGAAGGUUUCGCUAUGGAUUGGUCAAGGAAUGUUACUGGAAGGUUGCUUACAGGAGACUGCAAGCAUAAUAUUCACGUAUGGUCACCACAGGAUGGUGGUGGAUGGCAUGUUGAUCAAAGACCUUAUAACGCACAUACUGACUCUGUUGAGGACUUACAGUGGAGUCCAAAUGAACAAAAUGUGUUUGCUUCUUGCUCUUCUGAUAAAACAAUACGUAUCUGGGAUGCUAGAGCUGCACCAUCAAAAGCCUGCAUGCUCACAACACAAGCCCAUGAUGCAGAUGUUAACGUCAUCUCUUGGAACAGAAAUGAGCCUUUCAUUGUAUCAGGAGGUGAUGAUGGGAUAAUCAAGAUUUGGGAUCUCAGACAAUUUCAAAAUGGCGAGUCUGUAGCUCUUUUCAAGCACAACACUGGUCCCAUCACCUCAGUAGAGUGGCAUCCAACAGAUAGCUCUGUGUUUGCUGCUUCCUCUGAAGACAAUCAGGUUACUCUCUGGGAUCUGGCUGUAGAGAGAGACGACAUGGCCGAAGGACCUGGUCAUCACCUCGACGUACCACCACAGUUACUUUUUAUCCAUAUGGGUCAAAAAUCUGUUAAAGAAAUUCACUGGCAUGAACAGUUACCUGGUGUUAUACUCAGCACAGCAGAGAGUGGAUUCAACAUAUUCAAAACUAUUAGUGUAUAGGUACAGAUAUUUUCAAUCAGUAAAUAUGUAUGGGUCAUUUUAAGACGUCACAAAAUGUUGGUUUUAUUCGAGUGGUUCUUCAUCAAUCUGAAAGUACUUCAUUUUCUGGCAGACUAUAUUUGCAUGACUCAAUCACAUGACUGUCCACAAUCUGCAAAAAACCUUAGGAACUCAAACAAAAUACCAAAUAAAAUUAAGCUAGUUGGACAAAUGCUACUUUUUUUCUUGUUCCUUCAAAGCUCAAAAGCCGAGUUGACAAGGAUUCUGCAUUGUAUUAGUAUUUCUUGCAAUUCUACCAAGAAAAUCCAUGAAUCUAU